AUGGCUGAGGUCUUCGGACCGAGCGAACCGUCUGAUGGAUCCUCGUCUCACGCAAGUUCAUCUGAACUAGAACGCGUAAUGAUGGUGGUGACGCACAUAUAUGUCACCACGGGUGAAGCAACUCAUGGGAUCGAGCAGAUGCUGGUGUCAGCGCUCAUGCUGACACCAUCAAAAGUCAGGAGACCGCAAUGUCCUGCGCCAUGCUCCUCAAGUGAAGUCUUCUUGGAUGCCAUCAUCCAAGGAGGUGGAUCGAGUGGCCGGUAUGAACACCGAACGGGAUCGAAUCACGUUGAUCGACUGUAG